AACGUUCAAAUUGCAAGAAUUGGAAUGGGCUACUCGAAGUGGGGGACAAUGGAGUGUCUGUUCCUUCCUCAAUCAGUCUAGCAGGCAAGAAAAUGUCAGUCAGAACCACCAUCAAACAUAUUGGGUGCAACAACUUCUGCUUGCUCAAAACCCUUGCUCGCAGUCUCUCUACUUCCCUCUCCGCACCACCUCGGCAACCACGAUCACAAUUACAACCAGCAACGACCACCCGAAUUUACAAAGACCAGCAAGACCCAUAUUCCCUGCUCAAAGAAGACCCAAUUCAGAUAUGCUCCUCCCUGUGGGUCAAAGCCUUCUCUUCCCCAUCCACCAUCUCCUUCCCCAACCUCACCGGCUUCCUUUCCAAAUUCGACCUCUGGGUCUUAGCCUACCAGCGCUCCUGCGCUCACGUGACCGGCACGUUCCCACCUCGCAACGCCAUCCACUUCAAUGUCCUCCACGAUCUUCUCUGCCUCCGGAACGCUGUUGUACACGGUCAGUUCUCAUGGAACAAGAAGAUCCACCAAUAUGUUCGAAGCCCCAAUGACAAACCCCUCAAUAUGGUCUCCAAGCGCAAGCUCCAGGCCAUGCUCGAUUCCAACGAGCCCUGUUUUCAGGACCGGAUCGUCCAGGAGGUGUUGUUGAUGAUUUUGGAGCCGGUUUUUGAAGCCCGGUUCUCGAGGAAAUCGCACGCGUUUCGACCCGGUCGGAAUGCCCACACUGUUAUUCGGACCAUUCGGAGCAACUUUGCUGGGUACCUGUGGUUCCUGAAAGGUGAUUUAACUGAAAUUUUUGAGAAUGUGGAUAGAUAUAUGGUGAUGGAUUGCUUAGGAAAGGCCGUGAAAGACAAGAAAAUCUUGGGUCUGAUAAAUUCGGCGCUUAGAGCUCCGAUUCAGAAUCGAUCACGUGGAGAUGCUGAUGCGCAGUUGAGUAAGAAGAAGAAAAAGAAAGGGCCUAAGAAGAAGAAAAUUCUGAAUGAGAAUGAGCCGAAACCUGACCCGUAUUGGUUGAGAACAUUCUUCAGUUUCGCUCCUGAAGAGGCUGCUAAGGUACCUUCUUAUGGUUACUGUGGAAUUCUAAGUCCUUUACUUGCCAAUAUUUGUCUCAAUGAAUUAGACUAUAUGAUGGAAGAUAAAAUAGUUGAAUUUUUUAGGCCAUCUAGGCUUGAUUCUAUAUGGAAAGAUUCAAUAAAUGAUGGAUGUCAUAACCCGUCCUGGCCUGAGUUUGUUCCAUCCAGUGGGAAGGAAAAAACUAGAAAAAUGGAUUACAUUAGAUAUGGAGGUCAUUUCUUGAUUGGAAUCCGAGGGCCUAGAGAAGAGGCUGUGAAUAUAAGGAAGCAAAUAAUUGAGUUUUGUGAGGGCAAGUUUGGAAUAAGAUUAGAUAAUACAAAAUUGGAGAUUGAGCACAUAACUAGAGGGAUUCAGUUCUUGGAUCAUAUAAUAUGCCGCAGGGUGAUACACCCGACACUCCAUUACACGGCUACCGGAGGUAAAAUUGUGAGUGAGAAAGGUGUAGGGACUUUGCUUUCAGUUACUGCUAGUCUGCAACAAUGUAUUCGUCAGUUCAGACGGCUUGAGUUUGUUAAGGGUGAUAAAGACCCCGAGCCGCUACCUUGCACUCCAAUGCUUUACUCAGGUCAAGCUCAUACUAAUUCCCAGAUGAAUAAAUUCCUUGAAACAAUUGCUGAUUGGUACAGAUAUGCUGAUAAUCGCAAGAAGGUAGUUGGUUUUUGUGCUUAUGUGAUUCGUAGCUCUGUGGCUAAACUGUAUGCAGCAAGGUACAGAUUAAAAUCUAGAGCCAAGGUAUAUAAAAUUGCUUCACGUGAUCUCAGUCGUCCGCUGAGGGAAAGCAGCAACAAUUCUGCACCCGAAUAUUCUGAUCUUUUGAGGAUGGGACUUGUUGAUGCAAUUGAAGGUGUUCGAUUCUCGCACAUGUCCUCCAUUCCAUCGUGUGAUUACACUCCGUUUCCAAGGAACUGGAUACCAGAUCAUGAGCGGGUUUUACAUGAAUAUAUUAAACUUGAAGACCCGAAAUUCUUCUGUCACUUGCAUAGAUCAAUUAAACGACAAGGAUUGAGUUUGCCCCAAGAUGAGAUAUCUGAAAUGGUGUGGGAUUUUAAAACUCUCGGGGUACAUAACUACCUGCGCAAUGUUGAAAAUGAAACAAAAACUUUAUCCCAUGAAAUGUCUUGUGCAUCGUGAAUCACAUUGGCAAAGUGACUUGGCUCUGAAUUGCUUAUGAAAUUGAAACUACAAAAUGCAGGAGUAGUUUACUAGUGGGUCAAGGUUGCUGGUCUGCCUAAAUGUUCUUCUUGAUCACACAUUUUUCUUGAACUUAGGCAUGGUAUACUACUAUUGAAGCAUCAUCUAACUGCUUUGUAUGAUCAGACCCUUGAAUCAAUAGGAGCGUUGUUUAUCAUCAGGAAAGGAUGGAAUAUGCUAAGACUUAAUUGUAACAGCAUUGUUUAAAGCCAGUAAGAACUUUGUUUGCUUGAUAAUAACUAUUGGAACAGGAAGAUAUUUUGUCAUUCUUUUUCUUUACGAUCGAGUGACGCUGCUCGACUGUUGAGGUGGUUUAGUGUUGAUGAAUGGAGGUGGAAGGAGGCCAUUGAGAGGUUCUUAUAUAUAUGUAUGAAACAUGGUUGGUACGUAUAUAUUCUUUAGUUAAUAUGUAU